AUGUCUGAUCUUAAAGGAGUGCCUCUUUUACGGCGCAACAAAUCAGUCGCGGCUACUACAUCCCGGAUCCGUGAUCUACCAGCGAGUUUUGGUUUAGGCCGCCGUGCUAAGUCUCCCUCACCUACCAGACCAUCUGUGCCAUGGAGUCCAAUCCCACCUGGUCGUAUUGUCCCACGAAUCUUACGCGCGUUUCCCCAAAAAGAACCACUCUCGCCACCUGGAACAGUCAUUGAAGAGAAAGAAAUCUUCCUCACGCCGAGCCAUUCGGCUUCGAAACCGGAUAUGGAUACCUCAGAUUCAGUGCCAGAUUCGCCCUGUCCGCCUCGUGGCGUCAAAACACUUGGCCCUGGAAUUGGACUUGGAAUCGGAAUUAUCCCAGAACUUCGACCUCCUUCUGAUACCGGCCCCACUAAUCUGGAUGACCAAAUGGAUAUUGAGGAUGAGCAAACCAAUGAGUCUACUCAAGAGCAUAUCAAUGAAAUAGCAACAGUCACAAAGCCCCUACACCUUUUCCGGGGCGGCAACGCCUGGACUAAUCUGCCUCGUUCGCAGUCGACACUUGGUCUGGAUGUUUUCUGGCCCGAUUGUCUGGAUGAAGGGGUCGAGGAGGUGGAUGAGCCAUGUCUCGAGCUCAGUGAAUUUAAGCCGCUUUGUGAAUUUAGGCACCUACGCUCUCUCAAGAUUGUCGGCAUGAUGCAGUCAUAUCAAACUUUCAUUUGGCAGGCUGCCUGGCUGAACACUGAUCUUGAGGAACUGGAGCUUGGAAUGGCAGUGGAACCAGAGAUUAGCAACAAGAUCUAUGAGACUCGGUGGAAGGUUAUCAAGGAGGGAUGGACUUUAGAUCCGCGAAUGAGUGGAGGGCCAGUUUAUUUUGGAGAGCGAGGCGAUGGCACACUUCACACUGAUAUCGGAUAUGGAGAAUAUCUCGACAAACAAGCAAUCGAAAAGGCCAAGGUCCGAGCCAUCGCCAUGGGACGUACAUCUUCUCGACUCACCAUUCGAAAAUUGACACUCAGCGGGUUCGUAGUUGAUGCAGACCCAUUUAUUCAGUGGUUCGAUCCUUUGAGAUUGCGCUUUAUCCAUUUCAAGGGUCACUGUGUUGAUGCUGGAGUUUGGCUUCCGCUGGCUAUGAGAAAUAUUUCUAUUCGAUUUCCUAAGGCGAUUGAUCUUCGACCUGUUCCAGUUGGGGUUUUGAGGAUCAAUGUGAAGCGAGAUUUGGAGGUUAUUGAUCUGGGGGAUGAGAAGGAGACCCAACUUGAAGAGGUGGAGAAUGUCAGAAAUUAUUAA